AUAUAUUCUAACAUGUUUUACACAUUAAAUAUUUUCAGUUUUACAAACUUUUUAUCAAGGUUUACAAAGUUCCAGGCCCGUAACUUUGGAACAAAAAGAGUUACACAGAGAAGAAGAUUUAUGCUGAGAAUUAUUAGGCCUGAAGAGAAGUUUACUGAUAAAACCAUGACCAAUGGACUUUUUGACAAAAAUGACUGCCUUCCUAAAUCCUUGCUUAAAAGUCCAGUAAUUAGAAAGCUUAUCUAUGCGAAUACUGCUGAAUCUAUGGAGCUUGCUUCAACAAUUAAUUGGGAUGUUUACAAGUGUAACGUUAAGGGUGUAAGGUGGCAUCCGAGCGGGAGCUGGAUGGUACAAUUUUCAAAAAGAAACUACGAGAAUAACUUCUUCGUAAACUGCAAGGCUUAUUUCAGGGUGGAGAAACAUGGGUUUUUUGAAGCCAAAAGGCUCGCUAUCGCAUACAGAAAGAGACUGGAAUUCGAAUACUCUCAGCUGGAAAAAACAUGGGAAAUUAUAGAAAAGAAACGAGAAAUGGAAAGAAUGGAAAAGAAUAAAGCUAAAGAAAUAAAGGGAAUUGAAGAUCAAUUUCUCUUAUCAGAUAAUUUAAAUUCUUUUGAAAUUUAAAUUUUGUAAAAGUAGAUUCUCCAAAAUGUUUAAUAAUGUUCUGGAGUGUUGAAUGUUAUACUGGUUCAGUA